UCGUACUUCUUGGGGAUUCUCUCCUGGCUUAGUCCUUUCACCUCUGGUUACAGCUGGGUAUCUGUGUCCUUGUUCAUCUCCUAGGGUUUGGGAAUCAUUGGCCUGCCACAUUUUUCAUCUGUCCAUCCUGUCCACAACUCUUCGAUCCCUUUCUCACGUUGUGAUAUGCAGGCAGAGGAUGGUAGAACUACGCUGGGUCCUCUUUGCCGGUGAAACCUGGAUUUUCUGUGGUGUGGUUCCAAUGGUUUUCUGCUUUUUCUGAGACUCACUCCUGAACAGGUGGUGGGUUGGUGAAUUUUUGGUUCUGCAAGUUGUCCUGAUGCCAUAGAUCCUCUUUCUUUGAUGCAUGUAACUUGUUGUGGUAGGUAGGUAUCUUCAGUAGGCGAAUUCUGUUAUUUAAUACAUUCUUUAUCUGUUUCCAGGAACUGAGCUCCUCCUCUUCACCUAUUUCCUUUUGAUUGGUUCAUUGAUGAUACCUUUGCCAAAUGACCCUUGGGGGCAAUUUGUCUUUGUGAACUUUCGAUUCCACCCUAUUGAGAUCAAAGUAGGUAGCUGUUCACUGUUUUUUUGACUUGAUUGAUCUAUUUUGUGUGAGGGGCAUUGUGAAAUGGAUAUGCAUGCAAAGGAUGGAUGUGACUCACUUGAGAAUGAGGAAACUUUGGACUACUACACCUCUGGAAAUUCUUCUGGUUGGUAUCAAAGCAAUCCAUCCAUAAGUUUUAUCUCCCACAAUUCUUCAGUCUCUGUUGGUCAAGGAACUCAGAUAGGUUCCAUGACUGAUGCUUUCAGUACUGGCCUCUGGAACCUUCCCACAGAAUCAACAAGCUUCGGUUUGUGCAAGAAUAGCCUGCGAGAGAGUAGCAAUCAGAUUUCGAUUGGAGGAGUUCUCUCACGAGCUGGUUCUGGGAUUCUGCAACCAAGUUCAUCACAUUUCCCAUCCGAUUCAGCUUUCAUUGAGAGGGCCGCAAGGUUUUCGUGCAUCGAUGCCAGUAAUUUAGGUGGCAUGAUGAAUCUUUUCGGUGCCGAUCCAUCACCAAAUUCUCAUCCUAAUGCUUCAAGAAUGAACUCUGGAGUUGUUGCAGAUGCCUCAUUUUCUACUGAUCAUGGAUCCAAGAAUGACAGUGCAAUGGAGGAACAGAAGGAGAAGGAUAAUUUCGAUGGCAUAGCUGCUCUGAGCAGUGAGUCUAGUCUGCCUGAUUUCACCGGUGCUCACCAAGAACAUCCAACUGGGAAUUCUUCCAAAAUGAAAAUGAAAAGAUCGAAUGAGGAUAUGAGAUUAGAAGAAGCAAAAGUAGCAUCACAGAUUUCUGGUGAUAACAUGGGGUUUGAACAUAUAGCUGAGAAUAGCAGCUCAGGGAAGCACGUGAAAGAUGGCACUGAAUCAUCCAAUGAAGAUGUCAUUCACGUCAGAGCACGGCGUGGCCAAGCAACAAACAGUCACAGUCUUGCAGAAAGAGUGAGAAGGGAAAAGAUCAAUGAACGGAUGAAGCUGCUUCAAGACCUUGUUCCUGGUUGCAGUAAGGUCACAGGAAAGGCAGUGAUGCUUGAUGAGAUCAUCAACUAUGUUCAAUCACUACAGCAGCAGGUUGAGUUUCUGUCCAUGAAGCUUGCAGCCAUUAAUCCAUGUACAAACAUGGAUACAGAGGCUGUUAUUUCCAGAUAUCUAUUUCAGUCCUGCGAUGGCCCAUCAGCUACGAGUGGUUUCUCAGCAGACAUUGCUCAUCCGCAGCUACAACCAUCUCAACAGGGUUUGAUUCAAGCUGGGUUAUCCGACAUUGUAAAUCCUCCUGAUUUCUUUAGAAGAUCAAUAAAUACUCAAAUGGCUGCAGUAGAUGGAUCCAAAAUGCAGGUGCAUAAUGCAUGGGACGAAGAGCUCCACAAUGUUAUGCACAUGGCAUACAGCAGCAAUGUGAAUCUCGAUUCUCACAGAGUUCAUCAAUAAACCUCAAAUUGUGCAUGAAGCAUGAUACCCUGACUGUCCUUGUGGCUGAUCGAAUUCACAGUUCGCUCAUCCCUCGUACGCUCUGAUUUCAAACCAAAGCAUUCAUUGUUGUUUCGAGUAUCUCGUUCUUAUUGGAUUCAAUCUUGUGCAAGGAAAUUAUAAAAUCUUUAAUGCAUGGAGGAUGAGCUGAACAGUCAUCAAAUCUCACUACUGCUCAUAAUAAGUACGGUUUCACAAGUGGAUCUGAUCUGAUAGCCACCAAUUACAUCAAGAUGGGAGCAUAAUUUUGUCAAGACAAAGUUUCUCUCUGAGAUUGAUCAUAGAUAGGCAGCAGAAAGAUUCGAUUUUUACUCAAAAAGUAAUGUCAGCUUCCCCGAUGCACUUUCCUCUGUAGAUCUUGGUGGAAGCAAACUUGAAGAACAGAGAAGAAGAAGGAAACAUGAAACGGAUGCAUAACUCCUACUUUUGCAGCCUUCAUACUUUUUUUGUGUUACAAACCAUGUGAAGUCAUUUGCAGAGCUAAACACAACUGUUCCAAUGAUUUAAUGCUGUAUGCGCUUCUUUGUUUC